GGUUUGGUCUUUCGUUUCUCCUUUCAUUCGUUGAGGGACUGGGGAGUGUUUCAGUCUACGUGCUCUUCGUGCGCUUCCUUCUUCUCCGAUCGUUGCCGCGCACCCGCGACGCGUGAGGAGGGGGUGGGCGAGGAGUUUGAGGUGGAACUGGAAACUUGUUGUGUACGAUGAUGUCUUUUUUGGGUGUGUGUGUGUGUGUGUGUGUCCUGUGGUUUGGAUUGGAAACGGCUGUACCUUGUCGCAUUGUUGGCACUAGUAGUCGGAUAAGCGUAAGUCGUGAGCAGGCGCUUAGUGACUCUUUGUGUUUUGGUUUGUGUAGGAUUUCGUGGUAGUUCCUUGAAUUCGUGAAGUCGGCACGCCGAGCGGUUCGUGUGUGGCCAAUAAUGGAGAUAGAGGUUUUCUGGAUUCUUAAUUAAGUAGUUUGGAGGUGUGCUUAAUCGGGUUUUCAGUUUACCGGGAACGUAUACGGAUAAAUUUCCGUGCUUUUUGAGUAGUGCUUUUGGCUUCGAACAUAGGACGGUUAUGUGAGAAUUAAUGGACGUGGAAAUUGGAAUGUUUGGAGCCGUGUUAUAUCGAUAGUUAGAAUGAGAAGAUAUGGUAGCAGUUUCCCAUGAGGACGGCGAUGGCUUUCUCGUACAAGUUCGUUUCCCUAGUAUCAUUCUAUCGGUUAUGAGGGGUUCUAUCUCUCUCAUUUAUCGCUGCUCUGCCAAACUCAGGCUGAUAUUUCGGAGUAAUAAGAUUUCUAGACCGUUUUCACCUGGGAAUUCAGCAGCUAUGUGCUUUAGUAUGCUCGAUGAUGAAAUCCCCAUUUCUUAUGAAGGAGAAGUUCUACCAAAAAGAGGUUGUAUUUCGGCUGUAAAUAUUGAUGAAAUGGAGUCUUGUCGUGGUGAUCAUUGUUCUGCUGAGGAGAUUUCCUUGUUUUUGGAAAAUUAGAAGUCAGAGGAAAUUGAUAUGGAAAGCAUGAAAAUGUUAGACGCAAACUGCGAAUGGAUUCAAGGUUGUGAAAAGUUGUACUGGGCUAAAUUGAAUCAGAUUAAUAUGGUCAGGGACUUGGACAAUCUCUUUGAUCAGAAUUCAGAAGCUGCACUUGCUCUAGGAUUUAAAAGUGGGAUCCGAGCUACUUGUAAAAUGAUUCAUAUUCUUGCCUCGAGGAACAUGAAUCAUAUAGCGGUUCGUCUUAUCUUGUAUCUUGUACGGACAUAUCAUGGUCAGGACUCCUCCACUCUUUUGCUGGAUACUUUUCUUGAUACCUGCAAAGAAAGAAGAGUACUGAAAACUGUAUAUAGUAUACUUGUCGAUUCUUACAUCAAGGAAGGCAUGUUAAAGAUUGCCCUUGAAGCAUCAUAUAAAGGAAGACUGUUUGAAAUUUUUCCUUCAGCAGCCGUCUGUAAUUCCUUAUUGCAGGCACUUUUGCAAUCUAACCAAUCAGACCUGGCUUGGGAUUUUUUGGAGGAAAUGCAAAGCCGAGGAAUAGGUAUGAAUGCCUCUGUUAUCAGUUUGUUUAUCAAUGACUACUGUAUCAAGGGUGACAUAAGUAGUGCUUGGAAGUUGGUCGUAGAAAUGAAAAAUUAUGGGAUCAAAGCUGAUAUGGUUGCAUAUUCUAUCAUAGUUCACCAUCUCUGCAGGAUGUCCUGGUUAAAGGAAGCAACAUGUUUAUUGUUUAAGAUAUUGCAGAUGGGCUUCUUCCUGGAUUCUGUUGUAAUUAAUUCAGUCAUUGAUGGCUAUUGUAAGGUGGGAAAUCUAGGAAAAGCAAUUCGUAUUUUAAGCAUGUGCAACCUUCCCCUUAACAAUUUCUUGUAUAAUAGUUUUCUCACAAAGUUAUGCAGAGAUCAUAACAUGUCAGAUGCUUCAAAACUUUUUCUUGAGAUGCCUGAAGUAGGCUUACGUCCAGAUUGUUUUAAUUAUACUACCAUGAUCCAAGGCUACUCUAAAGCUGGAGAUACAAAGAGAAUUUUACAAUACUUUGGUAAAAUGUUGAAAAGUGGUAAUAGACCGUCCACAACUACAUAUACGGUGCUCAUUGAUGUGAAUUGCCAAAUAGAGGACAUGGGAAUGGCAGAGCACAUGUUUCAAAUAAUGAUAAAAGAUGGUUUAGUGCCAGAUGUUGUUGUUUGCAACACUUUAAUACAACUCUAUGGGAAGAAGGGCUGCUUGCAUAAGGUUUUUAAGCUGUUAGGCUUGAUGACAACUGUUAAUAUUUCUCCUGAUAUCAUCACGUACAACACUAUCAUUCACAGCCUAAUGAGGAAUGGGUUUGUGACUGAGGCAAGAGAUAUUUUAGAUGAACUUGUCCAAAGGGGCUUUUCUCCUGAUGUUGUGACAUUCACUAGUGUGAUAGACGGAUUCUCAAAAAGGGGGAAUUUUGAGGAAGCUUUUCUCGUGUGGUCCUCCAUGAGUGAAGUACCCGUGCAGCCUGACAUUAUAACCUGUAGUGCUCUUCUCAGCGGCUAUUGUAGGGCACGUAGAAUGGAAGAAGCAAACGCGCUAUUCCGCAAGAUGCUUGAUGCUGGACUGAGGCCUGACCUGAUUCUGUACAAUACUCUCAUUCAUGGAUUAUGUAAGAUUGGAUGCGUGGAAGAUGCAUGCUACUUGGUCAAUAUGAUGGUGCAGGGUGAUAUUUAUCCGAACAAUGUUACUCAUAGGGCACUUAUCCUUGGCUUUGAAAAGAAGCGGUUCGGAAAUCCUGCAGAAACUGCACACUCUAAGCUGCAAAAAAUACUAGCGAAAAAUGGCAUUUACGUAGGUGAUGAUGCGUACUUAUCUAUGGUACAUUGAACUGGCAGGUGAGGCACUGUAAUUGCUUCGGAGAUGCCCUGGCAUGUCUGACUGCUUAACUUCUAAUUGUGCACAUUGUGGUUGCUUUGGAGGUGCCCCAGCAUAUUGUUUCAGAUGUAUAUACUUGAAGAUCUGACCACUCAAGAUCGUCCAUCAUCUGACUCCAAGUAGAUCGGCCUGAGAUUGGAGAUGGGCGUCUCACAGAAUCAGUGAAUUCAGUCGCAUGAACUUACAAGGUAAAUGAGUAUAGAGAUUUCCGCACAAUAAAGUUCACAUUUCACAUGAUAAGGAGGCCUUUCGACAAAAGACUAGUGAAACUUCUAAUGACUUUCAUCUGAUCACAUUAUCGAAUAAAUAUUUCAGCGAUGCAUAUUGCUAUCUUCAGGAGAUUGAGCUGCCACAACUCUGAACGCUGGCGAGCAGAUGUGUUUUCUUGUCCUAAUGCUAUAUGUCCAUCGAUGGUAUAAAGAAAAAGUCUGCUAGUAGUCCGAAGUCCUCU